UAGAGUUUGGAUGAGAAGGCCUGGACUCCCUUGACAAUGUGGGAAUGCCAUCGGCAUUGGUGAAAUCAACUGUUGCUUACAAAGAGGCUGAGAGUUCAAAGUCAGAAGUAUCCCAAUGGGUUUCAGAAUUUGCUGAUAUGUCUGCAUCCAGUAAUGAGAACCUGGAUCAAUCAUCUGAGAGAUGGAAUGCUGAGUUCUUUAAUGAUGCAGAGAUGCACACCAGUCCUGGAAAUCUGAAUAGUGGUGUGUCUGCUGAUGAAACAUCAGGUAUUCAGAGUGAGUUUUCCGACAAACAUCUCGAGAGUGAGGUUAAUGAUGUACCUCAAAAGCUUCAUCCUGUUCGAACUCAAAGAAAUAUCAUCUUUAAAGGACUCCAGCAUUGCCCAAGAAAACUGAAAAGGCUGUGGUUGUGCACCCC